AUGGGAAAGAUCACAUACGAGUGCGUGUGCGGAUGUCACGAGGACUUGUCACAGUUGUACUUUUGUUCGAAAUGUGAAGCUUUAAAGUGUGCCGACUGCACCACCGAGGGCUAUGAGAAAUUCUUCUGCCGGAGCUGCUUCUCCACCCUUCUGGUGAAGAGUGAGAUGAAGACACUCAAGAAUAGCUACAUCAAUAACUUCGACUCGCUAUAA